AUGAGUGGAGAAACGCUAUACGAAGCGCCGAGAAGGUACAACGUGGCGAAAAUGAGGGUACACGAUUAUUUAUACGACUCGGCAUUCAUAGUAUCUGGUGCGCGAGACUACGCGAGGACCGCGUUUAAGGCUGCAAUGGCAUCAGCACAAGUUUCGAUCCAGCCAGUUUACAAGUCCAUGUUCUCAGAACUCCGUCAGUUCCCAAGAAUGCAAGUUGUGUAUCACCCAAACUGCCGCUUACCUCCCCACGUGGAUCGCUCUUACGGCGCCUACUUGGAGAGAGUGGACAGGGUACGCAGCGUUCCCACGCCCGAACUUGCUGGGAAAGACCGUUUCAAAUAUUGUACAGCGCCAAAAAAGCUGUGUCCAAUGAAAAGUGCCACGCCAGACUUCCAACCCCCAACGCCACUGAUGACCGUCAUACCUACAAAGCCGAAAAACAGGGGAACACAGAGCUUAUACAGGGAAUCCUCGGCUCAGACGACGCCAUGGCAACCGGACGCUGUGCCGGCGGAAGAUUGUGAGAACACGCCGGAAGUGAUGUUCCUAGAUAAGUUGGAAUGGGGAACAGGAAACCCAUAUCGUAUUGGUGAUCUACCGGCCGACUUUCACACAACUGAAAUUAUUAACAAGAUGCGUCACGCACGCAAGUGGUCGGAGCUGGUGGAGAAGGGUGGGUACCCUCGCUGGGUGAAGAAUAGAGACGCCAUCAUAACAGACAUCGAAACUAAGGACUGGAUAUUUAGAGAAGCGGAAAUCGACGAGCUCCAAGACAUACGUCUCGCCCUACUCCACAAGAUGCAGGCACAGCAACGCAGACAGAACACGAGUCGUACAGGCAGGAAGUUGGCGAAGCUCUGGACCGAUAAGAAGACUGACAUGGAACGAAAGAUCGAGAGCAUUAGACGGAAGAGGGACAGAGAACUUCGCAAGCUAGCCAAAACUCAUCAAAGUGGUGGUAAAUUGGGUCUAAUUCAAGACAUGAGGGCGGCUAGAGGUGGAGGGUCGGCCACUCGAGCGGCACAGGACCCAACGUCGGAUCUGUACGCCCCUCGAGCGAGGCACGGGUACCAGGCAAGGAGGAGACACGCCGAGAUCGUUUACGAUCCUAAUUUACUAUCUCUAGAAGAUCACGAGCAGCUAUCUGCACCACCGGCAUGGUUGAAGCAGUGCGGUCAGAACUUAACCAGAACCUGUUCCGGUCACCACCUCCCGCGUGACACCACUCAGCUCUGCCAGAGGGAGACGAAGUGGAGCGAGCAGUUCCUGGAAAACUUGCAUAAUGAUUUGAAAAAGGCUCGACUCGGUGCUGUUACAACUUCAGCUGGUCCACUCAGGGUGCUCAAACCUCGUCGCCUCACAGAGACGCCAAGACCCCCAACUCCUGAAGUGGAAGCAGUUCCAGAAGAGGAUGAAGCAUCUCACCAGGCAGCGCUAACACUCCAGAAGGUUCUUCGUGGUCGUGCUGUUCAGAAUUUGAUGUUUGAAGGUCGUACCAGGGCAGCAGAACUGACGGAAGAGUUGAAGACCACGCACGGUCUCCAGAAAGAGGACCGAGCUCGUAUCGCCAGGGAGGAGGCCCGCGCCAGGGAGUACCAGGCUAUACGUUCAGAGCAGGAGCAAAAAGAGGAAGCAAUAUCAGCUCUCGUGGAGGAGCUGUGUGGGGGGGCAGUCUCCGCUGCUCUGGACUUCCUGGAGAAGGAGCUCCGCAGGCUGAAGGAGGAGAGGCGGCAACACGCCUUCAUAUUGAUAGCGCUUCGAGAGAAAACAAUGCGUGAAGCAGCGGAAGCGGGCCGAAGACAGAAGGAAGAACACCGCAGACGCGAGCACGAUGAGAUGUUUAAACAGGUGCUAGGAGUAACCCAGGAGACGGUGGACGCAUAUCUCCGUGAUGUGACUCGUGAGGGUGUGGAGUUGGCGGCCGAGGAGCAGGCGGUGUCGCGGGCGCGUGCUAGUGCUGACGCCGUCGACCAAUCGCUACUCGAACACGGUUCUAUGUCUACAGCAGAACAAAAUGAGCUGGUAGCAGAGUUGGUCCAACAGUUCCUACUCCCUGAAGCGCAUAAAGCGGCUUCAAGACACCACGUGUCAGCGCUUCAAGCGACUAAACUGGAACAAGCAAGAAGUAUUAUAUUUGGUGUUCUCGAUGAUGGAGUCGCUAAAGAAGAAAAGUGUACGCGUUGCGGAAGAGAUUUGGACGACGACUGUAAAUGUGCGUACUGCGGAAUAUCUCCUGAACCCGUGGAGACCGCGUCGAGAGAUGAUCCUCGUUGGGUACACACGCGACGUCGAGAAGAAGUUAUCAAGUCAACGGAGGAAAGGUUUCCUCCGCGUCAUGAAGUCCGUCGCUUGCUUGAUGCUCUUGUUGAUGAUGCGGUGCAGUUGUCUCGACGCCAACGCGCUGAAGAUAUUGAAGUGAAGAGGUUCAUUGCUCGUGGUCUUCGGGAUCGUGUAGAGAUCUCGAUCGAGGCGAGGGAGGCUGUUGAUGAACUAAUAUCUCGUGCGAUCGGCGAAGAAGUGGCCGUCGAGAAGCCUAACUAUCAUCAUUUCAUGCGACGCGUCCACAAGGACGCUCUGGGCAGAACGCAACCGUUUGAAAGACACGAUACUUGUCCUACCCUUCUCCCCUCAGAGCUGAGACGUCAGGCCGAGGAAGCUGUAACGGACGACACGUGCUACUGCGUUGAAAAGAGCAAAGUUCAAUUCGCACUUGAUACAAUGGAUCCUAUGGAAAAAGCAAAGCUGUUACCGUCUGAAGUAAGAGUACUCGAAGACAUGAGACGCUGCAAGUGUGACACAGAUGCAUCUCCGAGUACCAUUACUAUGGGUAUGUAUACUUAA